GACGGUCAGGGCUGUGUAACGUCCUUGCGUAUCCGCACGUACCACAGUACCAGAUUGCUUUUCAAGAGGAGUUCCUAUUCAUCGAUGCCACAGCAGACAUGAUGCUGACUGUUCUCAUUCGAAGACCCGCCGUGUCUUUUCGGGGGUGCGUGACUAGAGCGUUUUACACGUACAGCGGCAGCGGUCGGCCACGGUUGCCGUCACGGACUGUGCGCGCCUGCUGGAGCGUACGAUUAGCGAGCUGGUCGGGCGGCGUUGCCCUCAAGAAUGCGCGGCGCUCCAGGUUUUCGUCACUGCUCAUCUCGUCUGGCCUCUUCAGCUACCUGCGCAACAUUCCGACGGCGGUCCUCGAUCGUCCGUUCGCCGACCCGAACCCGCCGAAUCAGAACGUCGUCUUUCUGCGCAAGAAGGAGGGAUUUCUGCUGCGCGCCGCCAUGACGCUGCGCUGGCUGUGGCUCGCGCUGCGCCGCUGCCUGCGUUUCCUGCUCACGUUUGCGCCGUUCCUGCUCGCGUACCCGCUGCUGUAUGCGUACGGCUUUGACGCGACGCGGCGCCUCUACCUGCGCUGCCUGCUGUUUGCUGUCGAGUGCUCGGGUCCGACGGUGAUGAAGCUGGCGCAGUGGGCGAGCACGCGACGCGACCUGUUCUCCGCCGACUUCUGCCACACGUUUGCGCGGCUGCAGCGCUCCGUGAAGCCUCACUCGUGGUAUUUCACGAAACAACGCCUGCGCAGAGCGUUUGGCAAGAACUGGCGUAAGAUUCUCGUGAAGUUCGACAAUAACCGAAAUCCGAUCGGCUCGGGGUGCAUUGCUCAGGUUUACAAAGCAUAUAUGCCAGCUGACCUUGUAGCUGAUGAGUCACUUCUCGAGGAGAUUAACGAGAGCCUUGAACCUGAUCCUUAUGACAUCGACUUUGAUGAAGGUAUUGAUGUGCUUGGUUUCGCCAAACUGUUUGGUACAAACGACUCUGAUCUCGAUGAUGCUCAGGAGGAAUGCAGGGGAAACUGGGGAGAAAGGCAAGAGAAUGAAAUGAGAAAACAGGAGGCAGAAGCCAAAGACAAUGUAGAGGAACAUAGCAGCAUCAUCAGUAGCCUUUCUUCAGAGCCAGGUGACAACUUGGAAGGCCUCGUUCCCGUUGCAGUCAAGGUGUUGCACCCUGGCAUAUACAGGAGUGUGGUGAUGGACUUAAAUAUACUACGUGGUCUGAGCCAUAUUGUGGAAUUUACGAUCCCUAGUCUGCGCUGGAUCAGCCUAAAUGAAUGCAUAGAGGAGUUUAGCCAACUAAUGAUGAAUCAGCUUGACUUCACGGUGGAAGCAAAUAAUCUAGAAAGGUUCUGGGCAAACUUUGAGCAGAAUCCCAAUGUGCGUGUACCACGUCCUGUCAGACCCUACGUGAAAAGUCAUGUGCUCGUGGAAAAAUUUGAGGAGGGGGAGCCAAUCUCUAAGUUCAUACAUGCACAUGAGGACCAACCAAAGGGUUUGCAUGAGACCUUGGCAAGUUAUGGAGUAGAUGCCAUAUUGCAAAUGGUGUUCGUGGAUAAUUUCGUUCAUGGUGAUCUUCACCCGGGGAACAUCCUCGUGCAGAACGCCGAUGUGUUUGUUUCGGAGGAGAACAACCAGCUGGUGUUGGUGGACAUCUGCGACACGGUCGUGGUCAACGUGCGGCCAGUCGAGUGUCCAACGCGCCUCGUGAUACUCGACUGCGGUAUCGCGUCGUCGCUGAGUGAGCACGACCUUGACAAUCUGCGUGCAGUAUUCACUGCCGUCGUGCUAGGCGAGGGGGAGAAAGUUGCCAAUCUAUUCCUAGAGAAGGCACACGAGUGCACUGACUUGGAGGGAUACCGGACAGAAAUGGCCAACAUUGUGGAUACUGCACAUGAGCAGAGUGUGCGCCUAGGAAAGAUGCAGGUGGCGGAGCUGCUGAGGGAUUUCUUCAGCUGCCUGAUCCGGCACCGCGUGAAGCUUGACAGUAACUAUGCGUCUGUCAUGCUUGCCAUCAUGGUACUAGAAGGUCUCGGCCGCUCCCUCGACCCGGAAAUGGACAUCAUGGAGUGCGCGAAGCCGAUCCUGCUCGGACGCUCAAACGGCCAUGGCAAAGGUCAAUGACCGACUCUCAAGGUCAAUGAGUCUGCAGCAAAAGUCAAAAGCUGAAGUGUGUUGUUCUUGUCAGUUUAGCUUCCAGCAUGUCACUAUCGAUCGAUUAAUCCCCUGCAAAUCUGCGUCGGUAAGCGAUCAAGCAAAUAAUCUAAAGACUGUUGAGAACAUUUAUUGGCUGCUGUCCUGUACAGGCUUUUCAAUCUUUGGUAUCAUAUUCUUCGACCAUGGCUGGAACUUUGAUGUCACAUCGAGAGUGAUUUGCAUACCUAGUCUCGUACCAUAUAUAUAUAUAUAUAUUGUAGCAUUUCAGGUAUAAAUUAUGUUUUAUUUUUAAUAAAAAUGAUCUAAUUUUCUUUAAUUUGUAUAAAAACUUUAACUGUUCCCCUUUUUCCACAUUUUAUGUGCCCUGGAAUAUAUAGUGAAAUAGUUCAAUGUGACAAUAUUCAUAGUGACAAUGAUCAAAAGUUGUCAAGCUGGCAGUCCAGACGCUUUCAAAAUAGGCGCAGAUAUGGACUGUUUCGCAAGCUAUUUUAUUAAAAGCAUUCACUGUAAAAUCGCAGGUAGGAAUGACUAGGUUAGCUACGUGGAAUUGCAGCUUUUUGGUAUUAUUCGAAUAUUUAUUUUCAACGUAAUUUUAUUUUGUUCAAGCUAACGUAAGAAACAGCUGAUUCUUUCUUAUAUAUAACUUUACACACAUUUCAGUCAUUCCACUUGUAUCGUUUUUUAAGAAGUGGACCCUAUUCGUAAAGUGGUGAGUAGAUUUUCGUGUUCAUAGUUUUUUAAAUGAAUGUGUCCAGACCAUUAAUUCUUUUAAAAUGUCAAAAUGAAAGACCAUGUUGACCACCUCUGUACAGUUGUGAUUGCAAGAGUGUAUAUUUGUACUGUGCGUAGCAAUUACGUGUGUGCUGGCCUGAUAGCUAUACAUGUUAUUUGAUGAAUUGCUAAUGUUUUAUUGAUAACUGUCUGGUGACGCGUGGAUCAGACGUGGUGUCACGUGAAGUGAGUAAUAGUGAUGUGUAAGGGUUGUGGAGACAUUCAAGUAUUGUGUGGUAUGUACUAUGUACGAGGUGGCAUUUAUGUUGAGAGUGGUGUCUAGUUUCAUAUGGUAACCUGCAGGCCAUAUAUAUGAGGUGGCAGUCAGGUGUUAUAUGGCAAGGUACAAGUAUUGUCUGAUGGCAUGAAUACACCUCGAAAUAUAGCACUCCUUAGCAUGAAGGUAUGUAUAGAAUGUCUACAUACACGUUCGGUUCUAUGUGUGUUACCAUGUAAGUACUGUAUUAUGGCAUGUGAUAUGUGAUGGUUUGAGAGUGCUAUUUAGUGCUAUGAAGGUGUUAAUUGGUGAGAUAAAAGUAUUACGUACAGUGAGUUGCAAUAACAUUGGCUAGGACCUUACAUGUUACAUUAGGCACUGUAUGAAUAAACAUAAUCUUAUUAAAGGCGAUGUUCUUUGA